GUUCAAUUUUCAUUACAGUAUCAAAAACUUCUAGUUGUAGUGUUCGUGUUAAACUAUACCAAUACAAAAUAAAAUCGUUUAAGAUGCGUGCUUCGUAAAGUUAUACUGCUGUAAAGCGAAUUGUAAGCAAAAUGUUAGCUUCUGAGGUUGUCUCUAGCAACCGAGAUAUUUUAAACCCGCUUAAAUCCACUGGAAAGCAACUACUUUCGGAUAUUGUCACAAGACAUCAAGAAUGCAAUGUACUCCAGACAACCGAACAAGCUGGCGACGUCUUGGACCUUCUGGACUCUCAGUUCUACGAAGUACUCCACACAUGCGAAGAAUCCCAUCUGGGACUCUUGAAAACAUAUCUGGAAGGAAAGCUGGUUCUGGAACUUCAAGACAGGCAAGACCUCAACGCAAUCAAUGCUCGAAACAUUUUAAGUUACUUUGACAAGCUAUCAACUGUCACAGACCGAAGAAAGUGUCUGGAAAUAUGUGCCUGUCUUAUCAACGGCGAGAGUUCCGUUCCCUGGUUAAGAGAAUCGGAGGCCGAUGACGUCAUAAAACGGCCAAUGACUACAGAAAGCCGACCGACCACCUCUCGUGUCAAGACACCUCUCGGAUCUACACGUAGUCAGGCCACAAACAGAUCGCAGUUCAGUUUGCGACGAGAAAAGUCGGCAAUUUUAGACGCGUACGAGACAACAUACGACCGGCAAUUUCAUCGUCCCCUGACUGCAACGUGCAUUACACGACCACUCUCGGCUUACCCGAGUGCUGCCGACGAACUGGGUGACUUGCGAAAGCAUUACACCUCUUCGUACAGUACACAGUUUUACGAGAAAGAGCCGAGCAAAAUGGAGCCAAUUCGUUCGGGUUCUGGCAGUGGAAACCGACGGAACAAUCCACACCCCUUGAGGCCAUUUAUGAUGUACCAGUUGCCUAGAAGCCAGCCUUUUGGCCUGAUGAUUCCACAAACUCCCGAUUUCGGAGACCGGAAAGUUCAGUCGGCAAUCCGAGCUAAAACUUCGUCUUCGUAUUUCCAUAAUUACCUAGGGUUGCCGCCUGGUGUUAACAUCAAAUCUGCAUUCAACGCGGAGCGAGAGCCAAAAAGUGAGCAAAACAUGCGACUUCAGAGGUCAAACAGCUGCUUCGAGACGACCACAGGUCGUGUUUUUCGAAACCCUGAGUCGCCUCAGCAUCUGAGACAGGAAAACUACACGAGACAUGGGUGCAACAAAAACUUGGAAAAAGUUGCCGGAUCCAUUGUUCCGACUGCAAGUCAGAGGCUGCUGUUACAUCCGAUACGCGGUCAUGCCACGACAUACGAAUCGGAGUUCGUGCCGAGGCCCAUUCCGAAGCUCAUUCCGACUCGUUGGCCAAAACCGAAAGAGGAAAUAUACGGCGGAAUCGACAAAGUCCCGACAGAGUUAGCUGAAAAGAAGUUUGUUGUGAACAAAAGUGAGAUUUUGAACUGGGCAAAAGAAAAUAACGAAGAAUCGAAGAAAGAAACUGAAAUUACCAAAGAAAACGGCGAGGAGCAACUUGUGAACGAUGAACAAUUAUAAAUAAAUUUACAAAAAUACAAUAUUUGUGCUGGCA